AUCAAUGUGUACAUCGACGACUUCCGGGUUUCUCUGAUUGGUUUGGAAUAAAGCACGUCACCAUUGGACGAAACUGGGGAAAACCCACCUGUCACGUGAUACCAUCACAUGCUGUGUUCAAAAUGGCGGAUUUCAGGUUCUAUAUUUGACGUUCAAUGUGAUGCUCUGGCAUUAAACGAGGUGCCAUGGAUUUUGAUACAUUUCUUAAAGAUUACAUAUGGGUCCCUAUUGUGAUUGGGGUACUGUUGCUUGCCAUCGUUGUCAUGCUGAUAUGCUACUACUGUAAAUGCUGCAAGAGAGGAAAUGACUAUGAGUAUGUGCCCCUGAGAAGUGAUGAGUUCAACAAAGGGGGUGGGAGAAGAAUGGACAUGUCCUAUGGACGACGGCUUGACAUGGAACGCACCAAUACCCUCAGGGCAAAUUACACCACUGCCUGGAUGAAUGCCCAGUACCAUCUGAGAGUUCACCCACAAUUUACAGACCUUCUGCAGCUUCCACAACUAGGCUGGAGACAGGACAAGAACUGGUUUAAGGUCAACCUGAAGACGUCUUCCACCACAGUGGUCAUCAUGUCCAUGGUGGUCAAGCCUGAUCGUCUCAUGUGUCCAUUCACUGAACACUGGGGCCGGACAGUCCAUGACAUGCUAGGGCUACUAAAACACCCAUACAUCUACCCUGUACAUGACAUACAAUUCAUGGUUGACCAAAAUCUUGUGGUCGUAAAAUAUCCCCUGUGUAAAAGGGGGAGCUUGAAGGACUUUAUUUAUCAGUGCAGCUGUACUGACCCCUGGGGUGUGAAAUAUAAAACCAAAAGGAGGGGCCUCAACAUGACACAGAUCAGGGCAUUCGGCAAACAGACACUCAUGGCGCUGUUGUAUCUGGAGGAGAAAGGUUUCCCGCCCCACGGCCAUAUACACUCCGGGAAUAUUGCCGUUCAGGUAAACAGCUGCAGGAUAAUGGGUAUUGAGAGCAGCCUGAUAGGGGAGGAGCCCAGAAUUCUACCCCGGGUUAAACGCAAGAUCAGGAACAACCCAGCAGCUAUUGAUGUACUCUGCCUUGGUCACCUCAUCUACGAGAUGCAUCUAGGUGAGGAGCUAGACUCCGCCCACCCGACUCCUGCACAUCUCAGCAGGGUCCAAAACCCACACAUUGUCAGCUUACUAAAUUAUAUAUUUCCUGAGGAUAAAAAGUAUCCAAGCAUAAAAGAGGUUGCAGACCACGAGUUUUUCCAGCCUGUUCAGCUGCCUGCGUUGGAUAGUUUCAGUUUUUCUCCUAUUAAUUUAAGCAAAGAUAUGAGAAAUUUAGUGAAAUCAAUAAACAGAGGGGAGCUAAUUGCAGGCAAAAGAAAAUCCAAGGUGCGCCGUUCAUCAUCAACAGCAGCUAAUUUGGACCGGAGAGACAGCAUGUCCAGAACUCAUAUGCAACGUUCUUCCUCCAUGGCAACAGACACUUUCCCAGUUCCCUCUCCUCCCCCAGGGGCACCUGCUCCACCACCCCCUCCAGCAGCUGUCCCUCCCCCACCCCCACCCCCUGGACCAGCACCCCCACCCCCUCCCCCUGGACCACCACCUCCACCCCCUCCCCCUGGGGGCUCGGCAGCCCCUCCCCCGCCCAGCUCUGGGAGAACAGCUCUCCUUGGUGAUAUCCGGAAAGGAAUGUCUCUUAAAAAGACAACUACUAUUGAUAAAAGUGGUCCCAAGAUAUAAUGCUGUGAUAAAUUAUGAAUUUAGUUGUUAAAUUAGGGCAAACAUGUUAUUAUCAAAAUUGGCUGAUUGUUAUUUUUAUUUUUUCACAUAAUGUAUUACUACUUUUUGCAAAUAAACUAAGCACACUGUGCUGGUCAUUCAGUAAAACAAAUAACAGUCGCAAUGUCAUUUUGCACCGAGGGGACAAUCAUCUUAUACCUACUGAAUGGCAGCUUCUGACAGUCAGUUUCAGGUCUUCCAAGCAUUCAUUUGACGUUUUUGUAAGUUAAAGCUUGGAUUUAAAUGGCUGGUUGAAGUGAAACCAAUCUAUAUGAAUUGAAGCUUUACAGGGUAAAGAACCUGCCUCUUCAGUGGUUAGUUCCACAAGAUAUGUACAAGAAUAAGCUAAAAUGCUGUUGGUGGUUAAAAUUUGUUACGUGUAAAGUUGAUUUACAGGCCAUUGAUGUUGCACUUUAUUUGUAAUUUUCUUGAUGGCAUUGUGUGGAGCAAAAACAAGAAUCAAUCAAUGCUGCAAAACAUUUAAAUGCUAUCUUUAUUUGCAAACAGCAGUUUUACUGAAGUGUUGUGUAGUUAUGAUGCUGUUAUAUUGUGGAUAGUGUGAAUGAUGAGCUAUUUUACAUGACAAGUUGUGAUUUUUUAUAUAUCUAUAAAAAUAUAUUUGUUUAACCAGGCAUCCUCCUAAAAGGGGUAUAAGGUGUUACAUGUAUUCACAGACAGACACAAAAGAUCUAAGAGAGAUAUACGGUACAUAUUUUAAUAUGAACAUUGUUCAUUGAAUCUUUAGUCGUAGGUUUUGUUAUAAUGCAUCGGUCUGUAAGUCCACUUUUAUAAAGUUGGUGUGAAGAAACUUUCCCUGGAUGUAAAACUAGACCCAAGUUUGUUAAAUCAUCACCUUAUACAAUUUGACCAAAAACAAAUUGUGCAAUACGUGUGUAAACCGAAAUUUACAGAAAUGUGAUUCAAGUGCAAUAUUGUUUUGCUAUUUAAUGUUUAUUUUUUUAUUUAUGCUAUUUUUGUUAUUGUUUUACUAAUGUGAAUUCAUGGCACUUGUAUGAAGCUGUUGUAAUGCGUAAUUUACCCUGAUACUUUCUGUAUAACACUUAUUAAUGUGUUUUAUUUACUAUUCGUAUUCAUGUUAAAUGAAUUGUUCCUACCAACUACCUACUAGUAUAUUUAAAAAAUAAAUCAAAGCUAUAUUGUUUUGUACAUUUAAAAUUGUAAGACAUUUAUCUUGAUGUAUUUUUCAACUGUUAUAAUGAAAUUUUAGCCUUAUUUGGGAAAUUUAUUUUAACUUCAUGUCAUUACAGGAUUAUGUUACGUUGUUUAACAAACAUGAGUGCCAUUUUUGUUUAUACUUGUUUAUGUCAAGUGUGUUGAAUUAAAAUAUGAAAGGAU